CACCCUCCAGGAAGGUGGGGCUUCAGGCUGGGAGUAGACGGCGGCAGCUCUUUAUUUGUCAAGGCACUAGAUUGACAGCUGCGUUGAUUAAUAGAGAAGAGCAAUUGCCCAACGGGUCCGCCCACAGAAGGGGAAGGUGGAGUGGCCGCGGUGGCCGUAGCAGUUGCAGCUGGACACUUCUCCGGCCCCGGCGGUUGUUGGUCCGCAACUUGCCCUCUGCGUCUUCCCGCCUGUCCCGGGGCGUGAUCGGAUGCCCUACGCUCUGUUGUGCCUUUCUGAUCCGCUUAGCCAGAUCCCGGACCAAAGCCAUGUUCCCAGUGAAGGUGAAGGUGGAGAAAUCAGAGUUGGAGAUGGCCAAAGCCCGGAACCAGCUGGAUGCCGUUCUGCAGGGUCUGCUGGAGAAGAGUCAUAUGGACAGAGAGCGGCUGGAUGAGGAAGCUGGGAAGACCCCCUCGGACACCCACAACAAGGAUUGCUCCAUUGCAGCCACUGGCAAAAGGCCAUCUGCCCGCUUCCCGCACCAACGGAGGAAGAAGAGGAGGGAGAUGGAUGAUGGGCUGGCUGAGGGGGGCCCACAGCGCUCCAACACCUACGUGAUCAAGCUGUUUGACCGGAGCGUGGACCUGGCCCAGUUCAGCGAGAACACGCCACUGUAUCCAAUCUGCCGUGCCUGGAUGCGCAACAGUCCCUCUGUGCGCGAGCGUGAACGCUCGCCCAGUUCGCCCCUGCCCCCUCUGCCAGAGGAUGAAGAGGGUUCAGAGGCCGCCAACAGCAAGAGCCGGGACGUGUACAAGCUGCCUCCGCCCAUGGCCCCUGGGCCGCCUGGAGAUGCCUGCUCCUCCCGCGUUCCAUCCCCACUGCAGCCUGAGACCCAGGGCUCCCCAGACCAUGAGACUUCAGAGCCGGAGCCGUCACGCUCCACACUCAUUUACCGCAACAUGCAGCGCUGGAAACGCAUCCGCCAGAGGUGGAAGGAGGCCUCUCAUCGCAACCAGCUUCGUUACUCGGAAAGCAUGCAGAUCCUUCGGGAGAUGUACGAGCGGCAGUAAUGUCCCCAGGUCCCUUCUGCUCCCUCCCCCCCCAGUAAACAUUCC